CUUCCUUUACUCCAUUCGGUCAGCCGAGGGGAGAGGAGGGGAGAGGAGAGACAGCGCCGGUUUUCACUUCGUCCGGACGGCGAAACUACCGUUUUUUGAGCCGCCGCGGUUUCUAAGAGAACGAACCCGAGUUUGAGAAGCAAAUCGCGGCUUUACACACGGCAGCGAGCCCAGAGGGAGGGAGAGCGGGUGAAUGAAGUCGGUAUCUCGAUGGCUUUCCUGAACGGGCCUCGUUUGCUGGACUUGGCGAGCUCCCCUCGGCACCUCCAGUUCAAUAAAUACGUGCUGACCGGUUACCGGCCCGUGUCCUCGGUCAGCGAGUGUAUCAAGAGCCUCUUCUACCUUCACAACGAACUGGGGAACAUUUACACACACGGUAUCCCUCUGCUGUGCUUCCUGUUCCUGCUGCCUCUCAGUAUCCCGUGGGCUCAGAUCAGCGUAACGUGGCUGGGGGUUGUCCACUUCCUGGCCUGCCUGUCCCCUCAGCUGGGCUCGGUGCUCUACCACCUGUUCAUGAACCACGAGGGCGGCGCACCCGUCUACCGCACCCUGCUCACCCUGGACAUGUGCGGGAUCUGCAUGGUCAACACGCUGGGAGCCCUCCCCAUCGUGUACACCACUCUGCUGUGCUACCCCUCCACCCGCACCGUGGCUCUGCUCUCCUACACCCUCCUCUCUUCCUACGCCAUCUACUGCGCCGUGUCGGCGACCAGCUGCUACCGCCGGCUGCAAGCCUUCGCCUGGCAGGCCCUGUUCAGGUUCCUGCUCUUCUACACGCGCUGGGCGGGGCUGGGGGCCGGGAGCCCCACCGCCCUGCGCCACUUCCUCACCACGGACCUCCUGGCCCUCCUUGGGGGUCUCAUCAACAUCACAAGGGUCCCGGAGCGCUGGCGGCCCGGUCUCUUCGACUACUGGUGCAACAGCCACCAGAUCAUGCACGUGCUGGCGGUGGGGUCUAUACUCUACCUGCACUGGGGGGUCCUGGAUGAUCUGCUGUGGAUUAGUAGCUACCGCUGCCCCCCCUGACUCAGAGAGAGAGAGACCAGGACAACCCCCUCCCCCACCUCUCCUUCUGUCUCUCCCUCUGUCGUGUCCCCCAAUCUCCUCUACUAAAACCAGCCUGACCCCAAACAGUAUUUCAGAGCAUUCCUAGUGAUGUAUUCAACACAAGCACAGAGACACACUAACUCACACUGAAACAGAGACACACACAAGCACAGAGACACACUAACUCACACUGAA